AUGGAUGUAUUGUUGGCAUUGAAGACAAAUCUAUUAUCUGUUGUAAUGGCAGUCUUGGUUGUGUUAUUGCUGUGGAAGUGUCGAAGUAAGAGUCGGUAUGGACGGCUACCUCCAGGACCCCGUCCUUUACCAUUGGUGGGAAAUAUGUUUGAUUUUGGUGUGAAUGAGGCAUACAAAUAUUACAUGGAGCUCAGUAAAAAGUAUGGCUCUGUGGUUACGAUCUGGUUUCAACCACUGGUAAUCAUUUCUGGAUAUCACGCCCUGAAGGAAACCAUGAUAGGUCUUGGUGAGGAAUUCAGUGGCAGGUUCAACUAUCCUCUGAUCAUGAAAGCCACACUUGGAUAUGGUGUUUUGUCGACCAGUGGACACAGGUGGAGGGAGAUGCGCAGGUUCUCACUAAUGACCCUAAAGAACUUUGGAAUGGGUCGCAGGAGCAUUGAGCAAAAAGUCCAAGACGAGGCUAAGAAUCUUGUAAAAAUGAUAAAAAAACGUGAAGGCAUUGUAUUCAGUCCUGCAGACUUGUUGUCCAAUUCUGUGGCCAAUGUAAUCUGCAGCAUCGUGUUUGGUUAUAGAUUUGAAUUUGAAGAUCCACAAUUUCAGUUUCUACUUCAGACACUACAUUCUUACUUCAUUAUCCUCAAUAGCCCCCUUGGACAGAUAUAUAAUAUUUUUCCCAGGCUAGUUAGUCUCUUGCCAGGUAAACACCAUGAGUUGUUCAGAAACUUGGAGAAGGCCAGAGAAUUCUGUAGGCGUGAGGCCAAGGCUCGAAUUAAUAAUGUGGAGGAUCCAUCCUGUCCACAGGACCUUAUUGAGGCCUUUGUGGUAAAAAUGGAAGAGGAAAAAGACAAACCUGACACAGAGUAUCAUUUUGAAAACUUGGUCUCGGUGGUAUGGAACAUUUUCAGUGCCGGCACAGAAAGCACCUCGUCCACCAUCAGGCAAGCUUUGCUUGUCAUGAUGAAACACCCAAAUGUUCAAGAGUGUGUUCAGAAAGAAAUAGAUGAGAUUAUUGGACAGGAACGGUACCCAUCCACAGAAGACAGGCAGAACCUGCCGUAUACUGAUGCUGUGCUUCACGAAAUCCAGCGCAGCAUGGAUUUCGCACCCAUCUCUCUCCCUCACAAGAUGAUGUGUGACACUGAAUACAAUGGCUAUGUCAUUCCUGAGGGAACCACGGUUUUUCCACUUUUAUGCUCUGUGCUUGCUGACCCAGAACUGUGGAAGAAUCCAAACUGCUUUGAUCCAGAAAACUUUCUGGAUGAAAAUGGACGAUUUAAAAAGAAUGACGCAUUUGUUGUGUUCGGCAUGGGGAAGCGUGCGUGUCCCGGCGAGGCUCUGGCCAGGUUAGAAUACUUUAUCAUGUUCACUACCCUGCUACAACGCUUCACCUUCAAAGCCACAGUGCCACCAGAGGAGCUUGACAUAACCCCAGCCAACUGCAGUUUUGGCCGACUGCCCCGCAAGUAUGAGUGCUAUGCCUUUUCCAGGACAUAGAGGGCACAAAAGUCUAAAGAUUCGUCACUGUAGCACAGACAAGUUGAACCAAACAUAAAAAAAUGGAAGUGGCAAAAGGGAACUUUUAAGGCAAGUUGUAGUACUCAUGUUUUUAUUACACAUUCCUGAUUGUAUUGUGUAGCGGUAAUCCUGGCAUGUUAUUCAAUAGGGGAAAAUAGUUUUUUAAAAUACAAUGACUUGAUUCACAUCUGGAACUACUUUUUUGUGGUAUUAGUGAUAAUCUUUUACCAGCAAUUGUGAAUCAAUGUAAAUCGUUUUUUAUUUGUCAGCAGAAUCUAUGUUUUCCUUAUUUCAAUGUAAAGCUGCUUUUAAACAAUGCAACACUGUAAAUAGCGCUAUAAAGAAACUUCAUUUGAAUUUUAAUGAAAAGUUUGACACUGUAUAACA